AGUAAUAAGAAGCGAACGCGCCGAUAUCAUCCAUCAUCCAUCAUCCGCGGGGGUCACAAGUCCCCUCGGCAGCAUUCGCUCUUUUCUCGCACAAGACACACCCCCACCCCACCCCCCCCCCCACACACCCUUUUUUUUUUCUUCGGACAGAAAGGCUAUUAUUAGGGCGCCCACCGACAGUCAUGUCCUCCUCUACACCACAACCACCACAACCACAGCACCCGCCAGUCGCUUCAACUUCAAAAGCUCUCUCAUCCACCCCCGACCCCAACCCCGCUCCACCAACCCCGCAAUCACAACACCCCCCACGCUCAACCUCCAAAGUCCGCUUCGACAUCCACUCGCCCAUCGCUGCCGACAACAGGUCCAACAGCGACAGCAGUAUCGAUAACAGGAACAACAAUAAGAACAUAUCCGUGGACUUGGGCAGGCCCUCCACAUCAACGACCCGCGGAAGUGUGAGAUCAGCAGCAUCCCUUGCGACGAUGGCGUUUGAAGAGAAUGAACAGAUUGAGCCCGAGGAUUUGACCCAGGCUUUGUUGAGCUCCAGUGUUCCUACGGAAGGAGGAGGCUUUUUUGGGACAAAUUCACCGUUCCAAGCCCACGCGUUUGGCAGCGAGAAGGCGCUGUCGGAUGGCGGGAGGCGGCCGAGUAUCCCCAAUUUGGGUCUCGAUGUAGAAGUGGAGGUUGGGUUGGGCAGGCCGGACGUGACGGGUGUGAAUGUCGGCGUGGAUUUCCCGCCACCGAUUGGUGGGACGGCUGCUGCUGCUUCAAGAGAUUCCAUGUCACCCACCGCCACCAUCGCGGAGGCGAACGGAGCCGGCGAUUCAACGUCCGCGACUAUACCCGAUCCCAACGAGCCCGGCCCCCCAACGGAGGAUCUAGUCGACCUGGUACAACUAUCCGGCCUCUGGAGUUUCCCCAACCACCAAUACGGCAUUCCCGGCACGACCCCCACCGCCGCAACAGGGCACCAACUCCCCGACUACGUCCGCCUCAUCCUCACGGCGCAAGUCUACGACGUCGCCAUCGAAUCCCCGCUCCAACUCGCCUCCAACCUCUCCUCCCGCCUCAACAACUCCAUCCUCCUCAAACGCGAGGACCUGCAGCCCGUGUUUUCCUUCAAAUUGCGCGGCGCAUACAACCGCAUGAGCCAACUCACACCAGAGGAGAUGGCGAAAGGCGUGAUCGCAUGCUCGGCGGGUAACCACGCACAGGGCGUCGCCCUCGCCGCCUCGAAAAUGGGCAUAAAAGCAACGAUAGUGAUGCCCACAAUGACCCCGCCCAUCAAAUGGAAAAACGUCAAACGUCUCGGCGCCUCUGUUGUCUUAUACGGCAACGAUUUUGACGAAGCCAAGAAGGAAUGCGCGCGUCUCGCCGCCCACCACGGAUACAUCAACAUACCCCCUUACGACGACCCCCACGUCAUCGCGGGGCAGGGCACGGUAGGUGUAGAGAUCAUCCGCCAGCUCUCCUCAUCCAAAAAACUGGACGCGAUCUUUGUCUGCGUCGGCGGCGGCGGGCUCGCGGCGGGGGUGGCCUCGUACGUCAAACGGCUGUACCCGCACAUCAAAGUGAUCGGCGUCGAGACGUACGAUUCGGCGGCGAUGACCUACUCCCUGCUUGCGGGUAAACGCGUCUCGCUGCCGCAGGUUGGGUUGUUUGCGGACGGCGCGGCGGUACGGUUGGUCGGGGAGGAAACGUUCCGGAUAUGUAAAGAGUUGCUCGACGGGAUGGUGCUCGUGACCACGGACGAGAUCUGCGCGGCGAUCAAGGAUAUCUUUGAAGACACGCGGUCGGUCGUCGAGCCCGCGGGCGCGUUGGGGCUAGCGGGCGCAAAGAAGUACGUGCAGAUGACCGGCUGCACGCACCAGACGUUCGUGGCGGUGUCCUCGGGCGCGAACAUGAAUUUCGACCGGCUGCGGUUCGUAGCGGAGCGCGCGGUGUUUGGGGAGAACAAGGAGGUGCUGCUGACGGUGGUGAUCCCGGAACGCCCCGGCGCGUUCGCGGACCUGUACAACGCGAUCUACCCCCGCACGGUCUCGGAGUUCGCAUACCGCUACGGCGACGCGAACGAAGCGCACAUCUUCAUGGCGUUCAACAUCUCCUCCUCGGACUCCCUCUCCGACCCCACCCCCGCCCCACACACCACCCAGACGGAAAUCCAGGAGAUCAUUGAGAAUCUGAAAUCCCUGGGCAUGACGGCCCUGGACGCGACGCGCAACGAGAUGGCCAAAGACCAUCUCCGGCACCUUGUCGGCGGACGGCCGCCCUCAUCGUCGCACCUCUCCAACGAACGCGUGUUCCGCUUCGCGUUCCCCGAACGCCCCGGCGCGCUGCUGCAUUUCCUCACGUGUCUGUCCCCCGGCACCGGCCCGCGGUGGAACGUGAGCUUGUUCCAUCAUAGGAACUAUGGCGGCGAUGUGAGCAGGGUGCUGUGUGGCGUGCAGGUGGAGAGGGGCACCGAGGAGGCGUUUGAGGGGUUUUUGGGACGGUUGGGGUAUCCGUAUGUCGAGGAGACGGGGAAUCCGGUUUAUCAGCGGUUUUUGAGGUAGGCGGGGGGGGGGGGGAGAUAAUUCGGACGAGACGAAGGGGAGGCCUGUGUUUUCUCUUCCUC